AUGUGGAGACUGAAGCUUUCAGAAGGCAAAGAUCCAUGGCUUACAAGUGUAAAUAAUCACAUUGGAAGACAAUAUUGGGAGUUUGAUCCAAAUCUCGGAACACCAGAAGAGAGAGCUCAAGUGGGAAAAGCUCGUCUCGAGUUUCGCAAGAAUCGUUUUCAAUCCAAACAUAGCUCUGAUCUCCUAAUGAGACUUCAGUUUGCAAAGGAGAAAGCAUGUGAAAUGAAGCGAGUACCAGCUCAGGUGAAAGUGAGAAGUGAUGAAGAAGAAAUAAGUGAGGAAGCAGUGGGGAUCACACUGAGAAGGGCCUUGAGCUUUUACUCCACUCUGCAGGCUGAGGAUGGUUUCUGGCCUGGUGACUAUGGGGGACCUUUGUUUCUUCUACCUGGCUUGGUUAUUGGCUUAUCUGUAACAGGGGCCCUUCAUGCAAUCUUGCCGCAUGAGCAUCAACAGGAGAUCUGGCGCUAUCUGUACAACCAUCAGAAUAUAGAUGGAGGUUGGGGAUUGCAUAUAGAAGGCCCCAGCACAAUGUUCUGUACAGCUCUGUCCUAUGUCACUUUGAGAUUGCUUGGAGAGGAAAUGGACGGUGGUGAUGGCGCCAUGGAUAGGGCAAGAAAAUGGAUUCUUGAUCGUGGUGGGGUUACCUUCAUUCCAUCAUGGGGAAAGAUGUGGCUUUCAGUCCUUGGUGUCUACGAAUGGAGUGGAAACAAUCCAUUGCCACCGGAGUUGUGGCUUUUACCUUACUCUCUCCCAAUACACCCAGGUCGAAUGUGGUGUCACUGCAGGAUGGUUUAUCUGCCCAUGUCAUAUUUAUAUGGGAAGAGAUUUGUGGGUCCCAUCAACGGCCUUGUUUUAUCACUCAGAAGAGAGCUUUAUAUCUUUCCUUAUCAACUGAUUGACUGGGACCAAGCAAGAAAUCUAUGCGCUAAGGAGGACUUGUAUUAUCCACAUCCCAUUUUGCAGGACAUCUUGUGGGGGAGUCUUCAAAAGGUCGGGGAGCCUCUUCUCAUGAAAUGGCCAUUCUCAAGGCUAAGGCAAAAGGCUCUCCGCACUGUAAUGCAGCACAUACACUAUGAGGAUGAAAACACUCAGUAUAUUUGCAUUGGACCUGUCAAUAAGGUACUAAACAUGAUUUGUUGUUGGUUGGAGGAUCCAAAUUCAAAAGCAUACAAGAACCAUCUUUCAAGAAUCAAAGAUUAUCUUUGGGUUGCCGAAGAUGGAAUGAAAAUGCAGGGAUACAAUGGAUCUCAGUUUUGGGAUGUUGCUUUGGCUGUGCAAGCAAUCCUUGCAACCAACCUUGUCAAUGAAUCUGGUUUUGUGCUUCAGAAGGCGCACAAUUUCAUAAAAAACACACAAGUUAAGACAAACAGCUCUGGCAAUCUUAGUUAUUGGUACCGCCACAUUUCGAAAGGUGGAUGGCCGUUCUCUACUCCAGACAAUGGUUGGCCUGUCUCAGAUUGUACGGCAGAAGGUUUGAAGGCGGCACUCUUACUAUCACUUAUGCCGUCUGAAAUUGUGGGAGAAGCCAUGCAAGCGGAUCAACUAUAUGAUGCUGUAAAUGUGAUAUUAUCCCUACAGAACAGUACUGGAGGAUUUGCAUCGUAUGAACUCACAAGAUCCUAUGCCUGGUUGGAGAUGAUCAAUCCAGCUGAAACAUUUGGAGACAUCAUUAUUGAUUAUCAGUACGUGGAAUGCACAUCAGCAGCAAUUGAAGGCCUUAAAUCAUUCAUGAAAUUAUAUCCAGGACAUAGGAGGAAAGAAAUUGAAGCAUGUAUUGCAAAGGCAGUUAAAUUCAUCGAGAGCAUACAACUACCUGAUGGCUCAUGGUAUGGGUCUUGGGGAGUCUGCUACACCUAUGGAACAUGGUUUGGGAUAAAGGGGUUAGUGGCUGGCGGUAAGACCUACCAUACUAGCCAUAGCAUUAGAAGAGCAUGUGAUUUCUUACUGUCCAAACAACUUGGUUCGGGCGGCUGGGGAGAGAGCUACCUAUCAUGCCAAAACAAGGUAUACACAAAUCUCGAAGGGAACAAACCACACAUAGUGAAUACUGGAUGGGCAAUGUUGGGUCUGAUUGAAGCAGGCCAGGCUGAGAGGGAUCCGAUCCCCUUGCAUCGUGCAGCAAAGCUGUUGAUUAUUCACAGAUGGAAAAUGGAGAUUUCCCACAACAGGUACAUUGACUAUUAG